AUGCUCAAUCUUGGACAAAUGCUCGGCGCAGGAAUAUAUUCUGUCCCGGGCGUCAUACUGAAUUCUGUUGGCUCGGUCGGCCUGUUCUUCGUCUUCUGGCUAUUGGCUCCAUUGUUUGCACUUGGAGGUCUCAUGGUCUACAGUGAAUACGCGAGUAUGUUCCCAAAGAGAUCCGGGGCAGAAGUUGUGUACUUGGAGCAGGCAUAUCCUCGUCCACAGUUUUCUGGUCCCAAUAUUCAUGGGAUCGCUCCUAUGCUGAUCAGUUUUAGCGCAACAAAUUCCAUUGUAUUUGCGCAAUAUGCACUUACAAUUUUCGAUGUCCCUAUCACUCCCGCAAGGCAAACCAUUAUUGCUGUAGCAGUCUGUGCCGUUGGCAUGGCUUUCGUCGCUCUGUCAACGAAAUGGUCUUUAAGAGCCGUGAACUUUCUUACUGUGUUAAAGGUCCUUUCUCUUGUCUUCUUGGUCUGCACGGGCGCCCUCGUACUUGGUGGUUUCACUCACAUCCGCGAUCCGUUUGCCAAUUUUCGGUCCCCUUUCAGCGGUAGUACAAGCAAUCCAAAUUCUUUGGCUACUGCCCUAGUCAAGACUAAUUUUGCAUUCUCUGGUUGGCACAACGCAUUUAAUGUCAUCGGAGAAGUCCACACGCGUGAUCCCGUCCGCACAGUACGCAAAGCCGGCUUACUAUCGCUGUUUUUACUCGCAUGUCUUUUUUUCUUUGUCAAUGUCGCUUACGUGGCAGCAGUGCCAAAGGACGAAAUAAGCAAUUCUGGACAACUCAUCGCGGCUUUAUUUUUCCAACGUGUAUUCGGAGAGGGCUUUGCAGCCAAAACCCUGCCUAUCAUGGUUGCUUUAAGUUGCUUCGGAAACAUCACCGUUGGUCAGACACGUGUAUUGCGUGAAAUUGCCCGACAGGGGCUGCUUCCGUAUCCAACAUUUUUUGCAUCGACCAAGCCAUUCGGCACACCAUUGGCACCCGUGUGUCUGAAGUACUUUCUCACAGUCCUUGUGAUAGUUGUCCUCCCAGCUCGGGAUGCAUUUAACUUCUUGAUAGACUUGUCUUCUUAUCCGAAUUUAGUGUUCAAUGCUGCAACUGCCGUAGGAUUGUGGCUUCUUCGAAAGCGGCGAAUGCUUGCUGGUCUUGCAUCUUCGAAAAAUCGUGCGAGGAAUAUUUAUGUUUCCCUUUACCUCCUCAGCGCGGUAUUUCUCCUCAUAAUGCCCUGGGUACCACCAGAAACUGGUCAUGGCGACGUGUCUUUUUGGCACGCAACUUACUGUGUGGUGGGACUUGGUAUCCUUGCGUUGUGUGGAUUCUAUUACUGGCUGUGGAUUAUUGUCUUGCCAUGGCUAGGGGGGUAUGCCAUCGUGGAGGAGGUAGAACAAUUGGAGGGCGGCGCGUUGACCGCACGGUUGACACGCAAAUACAACCCUUCGGUUGCGGACAUUGAUAACGGAGAGCAACAACCACUCAUUACUAGUACUUGAUAGCCUUGAAUAAUUGUAGUAAUACUCCUUAUAGUGUAACACCAAUGCUCGCGAUCCUUGUAUCAGUAUCGUACAAGUGUGUGGUUCCCGGCGCAAACGGCAUUUCCACUAGACUCGUGUCAUCGUGACUAGUCAUGUAUCCCGUUAGCAUGACCAAAACGGAGACACAGCUCAACAUCCAGCGCUGUUUAUUUACUUACCAUACUGCAAAAUAAAAUCUUCAACAUGAG